AUGUAUAUGAAAGAAUUUCUCAAAAAGUUCAAACUACUGAAGGCAAAAGUUCUUGACAUACCUAUGAGCACAAGUGUGAAAUUUGAUCUGGAUGAAGAUGGUGUUGAGGUUAAUCAAACCAUGUACAGGGGAAUUAUUGGGUCACUUCUAUACAUCACUGCAAGCAAGCCUGAUAUAGUCUUCAGUGUAGGGAUGUGCGCAAGGUUUCAAGCAGUGCCAAAUGAGUCACAUUUGAAGGCAGCCAAGCGAAUUCUGAGAUACCUGAAGGGAACUCAGGACCUGGUCCUCAUCUACCCAACGGGUGAUUCACUUAAUCUAAUUGUUUAUGUUGAUGCUGAUUAUGCAGGUUUUCUUGCUGAUCGAAAGAGUACAUCAGGCAUGACACACUUGCUCGGAUCAUCACUGAUUUCUUGGGGGACUAAGAAGCAAAAUUCAGUGGCACUGUCUUCAACAGAGGCAGAAUAUGUGGCUGAUGCAUCAUGCUGUGCUCAACUCAUAUGGAUCAAGCAACAACUAGAAUAUUUUGGUGUUCUCAUAGACAUUAUCCCUCUAAUAUGUGACAACACCAGGGCAAUGAACAUGGCCAAGAAUCCCGUUCAGCAUAAGAGGACAAAUCACAUAGAUGUGAGGCAUCACUUCCUAAGGGACAAUAUUGAGAAGCAAAAUGUGGUGAUGAGUUUCUGCAAGACAGAAGACCAGUUGGCUGAUAUCUUUACAAAAUCCCUUGAGUAA